AUGAAGGUCCUGGUUGCACUGCUCCUCUCGGCCCUAGCCGGCCGAGUUGGGGGUCUUGGUUCUACAGAUACUAUAACCUGGGGAGGUGACAAUUCCAGAACAGGUUACCAGACGAACCACAACAUGGACCCUGCUGUUGUCGGUAGUCCACAGUUCGACAUUGUCUUCAAGACUUCCCUCCCCGGUCGAUACGUCGGAGCAGCCGAGCAAAUAUUCUCACAGCCUCUCGUCUACACUCCUUCUGGCGGCACCACGCAGUACGUGUUUCUUGCGACGACACAGAACAACAUCUACAAGCUCGACGCCAAGACGGGCGAGAUUCUUGCGUCUCGAAAACUUCACAUUCCUUUCUUGACGGCCGAUCUCGACGGCUGUGUCGAUGUGAACCCGACAGUUGGCGUCACUGCGACGGGUGUCAUUGAUCCUUCGACUGAUACUUGGUAUCUCACCGCAAAGACGUACUUUGAUCAGACGGCUGGGCAGGUCCCGCAGGGAAGACCGGCUGGUAGAUACUACGUUCACGCUAUCAACGUCAACGAUCUCACCGAGAGGCCGAACUUUCCGAUCAAUCUCGAAGGCCUGAUUGCCAACAACAACCCCGAUCGGAUGUUCACGGGCGGAAUUCACCACCAGCGCCCUGGAUUGCUUCACACGGGACAGUACGUCUAUGCCGGUUUCGCCUCCCACUGCGUCCAGUACAACUUCACAGGCUGGAUCAUUGGCUGGGACAAGACUACUGGCAAGAUUGUUGAGAAGUGGGCUGCGGAAGGCAAUGGUGUUCCCAACACCAUUCAAGGCGCGGGUGUCUGGAUGUCGGGAGGUGGUCUUGCGUCCGACAAUGCUGGGUCCAUGUACUUUGCCAGCGGAAACGGCUACGCUUCUCAGCUCUCGACCAUCCCCGUCAAUGGUUUUACUCCGCCCACGGCCAUGGAACAAGCGGCUGUUCACAUGUCCAUCAACGAUGAUGGUUCACUCAGCGUCAUUGACUUUUUCAUGCCGUACGAAAAGCAGGAGCUGGACGGCGCAGAUAAGGAUCUGGGAACGAGUCCUCUGGAGCUGUUGCCGAGCCAGUUCUCGUGCGGUGAUAUCAAGCGUAUGGGCGUCGUGACAGGAAAGUCGGGCAAGACAUACUGGCUCAACCUCGACAAUCUUGGCGGAUAUCGAAAUGGACCGAAUAGCAAGGAUAGGGUGAUUCAGACGUUUCAAAACGAGAACUCUGUUUACGCUGGCGCUGGUGUUUAUCCCCUUGAAGGCGGUUAUAUCUACAUCAACGUCAUUCAAUAUCCCACGCACGUCUUCAAGUUCUCAUGCACCAACGGCGUUCCUUACUUCACAAAGGUUGCUGACAGCCCGACAAAGAACGCCUACAUCUUGGGCGUAAGCCACGGAACGACCACAUCCCUGAACGGACAGCCAGGUACAGGUCUGCUCUGGGUGUCCGACGUUCAAAACACCAACUUCAAGAUCUACGACGCUAUUCCGAAGGAUGGAUACCUGAAUGUCAUCAGGAACUUUACCAUUGUCGGUAUCACUAAGUUCAGCAGGCCAGUCUUUGGCGAUGGAAUGGCUUACAUCGGAACGACGGUCGGUUACUUUUACGGCCUUGGCGCUACGAACAAGGUCCCUCUCAACUGCACGUCCCCUAUCGACUUUGGAACUGCCGACUUUCAAGACGUUACAAAUCCGCAGACGGUGAAUUGCACGGCAUCGUUUGAUAUGACCAUCAACAGCAUCGAUCUCGCGGAUGGUACCAAUUAUAACAUCUCGAUGGUUCCUGCUCUGCCAUUGACUCUGACCAAGGGAAAGUCGUUUUCUUUCAAGGCCCAGUUCUUCCCCAAGAACAUUGGUCGACUUGGUGGAACUGUCAACAUUCAAACUACCGGGGUGACGGAUGACUCGUACAGCAAGACGACCAGAGUUCGGCUGACGGGAGUUGGCAAAAGCACCAACGCCUUGUUGUCGGUGAAUCCAAAGUCUGUCACUUUCGCUGGACUAGUUACAGGGACGGACCCUGACCGAGAGACUGUUCUUCUAUCCAACGAUGGAACCAAUCAGCUCCAAGUGUCAGCCGUGUUGUUCUCAAACACAUCUGCAGAUGGACCUUUUGACACAUGGACCGGCACUGGAAGUCUCAAGGUUGGCAAAUUCUCGUUGACAGAUAUCCCCGCUACUAUCGGCGGAGGCAUCUCGACUGCCGUUUCCAUCAGACCUGAUACAUCUUCUGCUGGAAAUUUCCAAGGAUGGGUCAAGUUUGUUACGACCGGAGGCAACGGAACUGUCUACAUGGCGGCCUCGGCGGGUGACCCAGCAUCAGCUCUACUUGAGUUUCAGACACCAGAUGGCUCUGGCUGGGUGACCUACGAAUCUGGCAAGCCCUUUACCUUUGGCAAUGUUACAGAGAACACUUCGAGGUCUUUGCGGUUCAGAGUUACCAAUAACGUUGCACCGGGCGGUGUCAAACUCUCUCUCACCGUGUCUAAGCCGCCCUUUGGAGUUGCUGGUCUUAUUCGAGCUGCCAACCAAAUCGAUCUGGCUGAGGGAACUCUGCUCGCACCAGGCCAGAGCCAGACUGCAGUGCUCACCUGCACUGUCCCCAAGAGUCAGUGGAACUUGGAGCCCUACAACGGAACGGCGCAGUGGACCAUGAAUACCAACGAUCCUACUUGGGACAAGCAGUUCGUCCAAUUCUUCUGCAACGCCGUGACGGAGCAAGCCGCGCCUCUUCUUCCCAACGGUCUAGGCCAGUACCGCUACGUAGGCUGCUUCAAAGAGAACAACCCCGGUCGUCAGUUGUCCAAUCUCUUAUACGGCGACGAGACAAACACCAACAAGAUGUGCAUCAACGCUUGUGGACAAAAGGGCUCGACAUUCUGCGGGACACAGUACCGUCGGGAGUGCUGGAGUGGAAACAAGAUUCCCAAUCUCAAGGUUGAUGACAAGAACUGUAACUUUGACUGUGCUGGGGACUUGAACCAGAUUUGCGGCGGUAAUGGCAUUGAUGGAGCUGGUGCAUACAUCAGUCUGUUUGCUGACACGUUGUCCUGGGAUGGCAGCUUUGGGACUAUUGGAGGCGACGAUGGUCCCAAGGGGCCUUAUGUGAACCCUGGAGUCUAUGGAUACAACAGUAUUGGCUGCUAUACUGAGGCUACUACCGGUCGAGCACUCAGAACUGGCAAGGGUGUAGAUUCGCCCACAGUUGCCAACUGUGUUCAAGCUUGCAAGUCUGGAAGUUUCACAUACGCUGGAGUUGAGUACGGUGGAGAGUGUUACUGCGGUAAUGACUUCUCUGCUGGGUCUGUCCCUGCGCCUAUCGGAGAGUGUGCCAUGCUCUGCAACGGUAACUCGACCGAGUUUUGCGGUGGUCCUAACCGUUUGAACGUGUACCAGUUUAAUGCACCCGUGAGCAGUUCAUCGUCGACGUCGAGUUCCACCACGAGCAGCAGCCUCGCUUCCACUUCAACUUCCUCCUCGCUCUCAACAACCUCGUCUGUCUCGAGCGUUUUCUCAAGCUCAACGACCAGCUUGACAACUAGCAGCUUGACUUCAACCACGAGUUCUACAACGGCAAGUGCCUCGACGAGCAGCGCCGCCAGUAGUAGCACUGUCACAAGUGUUACUACUAGCAGUAGCAGUACCACUUCGAGUACAGCAUUGAGCAGCACGUCUAGUGGAUCUACAAGCAGCACCACAAGAGCGACGACCACGACGUCGAGCAGCGCCAUCAGUAGUAGUGCUGUGACGAGCAGUACCACGACCAGCAGCACUGCUGGCUCUUCGACGACCUCGAGCGCUGGAACCAGCAGCAGCUCAAGUACAGUGAGCGUCAAUGUUGCUGGAGGAGGUGGCAGCAGCAGCGUGUCAAGCAGCAUGUCGACCACUUCAUCAACCGGCACCACUACCAGUAAUACAUUUGAGCAGCACCACUGCUUCUACAUCACGACCAACCACCACCACUGCGUCAAGCUCUUCGACCUCGACUACUUCAACUUCAAGUACCUCCACAACAUCGAGCGCUGCCACUGCCUCUUCUUCGACAGCAACAUCGCGAUCAACGACGUCAACGGCAUCCGUCUCCUCAACCACUUCCUCAUCCUCGCCUACUUCCUCAACUGCAAGCUCCACGACGUCUCGUUCUGGUUCUACUACCACAUCUUCAACAUCGUCCAGCACUUCGUCUUCAAGCACCACUUCAUCUGCAACCUCAACCUCUGCUACAACAUCUCGGUCCACUUCAACCACGGCCUCAAGUACGUCUUCAUCGAGUGUGACUUCAACAUCCUCAUCCACAUCGCGCCCAACCUCCUCCACCUCAACUACCAGCAGCACGACAACAACCUCUUCAACCACAAGUUCCACAUGCGAGCCCUCAGCCAGAAGGCAUAUGCCAAGGACGACAUGACGCUCGACAACUGUGCCUCCUUCUGUGAUGGCUUCGGUUACUUUGGAGCAGAAUAUGGACGCGAGUGCUACUGUGGAAAUUUCCUCAACUCGGGCAGUGUCAAGGCCGACAACCAGAAAGACUGCUCAUUCACCUGUCCCGGAGACAAGACCCAGUACUGUGGUGCUGGUAACAGGCUUCAGCUUUAUCGAAACGCUGCUCUACCAACUACGACUUCAAGCACCACUCUCAGCACUAGAAGCAGUACUACAACAACCAAGGCAGCUACUCCCACUGUCGUGGCCGGCAACAAGAACUUUACCAUGUACAACUGCGUCUCCGAGCCGUCCAAUGGCCGCAUCCUCCCUCGACAGAUGCUUAACGAUGGCGACGCCAUGACUAUCGACGCCUGUCUCGAAAAGUGCUGGAUGUUCAAGUACGCCGGCGUCGAAUAUGGCCGAGAGUGCUGGUGCGGCGACACCCUCAACUGGGAGGGCAACACGGGCGCAACCCCCGGAAAGAACGUCACCAUGGACGACUGCAAUUUCAAGUGUCCCGGAAACAGCCUCAGUUUCUGCGGAGCGGGGUCGAGGAUGAACUUGUACAUAAACAACUCUACGGCGUUGUCGGAGAUUAGAAGGCGGCGAAGGCGUCACUGGACGGGCCCUUUACGUAACUUGACAUAG